UGGCGAAUGAGGGCAGAGCAGAACUCGACGAGCCGACGGAAGUCUGUUUCGACUGGCUUGCCCGCUAUACGUAUGCGAGUGCCGACCCAAGGCCAGCGAAUUCCAUGCUCAAUGACAUUAUCAUGCAUCCUGCCACGUCAGCGACAACAUCUGAACCCUUGUCAGCAGAGAAGACGUGGAUCCUCGGGAACUCGGUUGUUACUAUUCGUGCCCUAGUUAAGCGGGGAUGGGUCGAGGUUAUCUCCAGAAGAGCUUCGGGCAUGUCAAAGUUUCUAUGCAGAGCGGAGAACGUGCCUAUAAUCACCCUGGGCGACGUUGAUCCCGACUUGCUCUCGGUUUGCGCAAGUUUGACCAUGGAUAGACCUGUAGAAGAAGAGUCUGAAGAUGAAGGGGUGCUCCAGGUGCGCCAAAGAGUCGUCUACUGAAGUAUACUCACACACCGACUCGGCAACAGGAUUUGCAGCAUAUUGCCGACGAGGAGACUAAUUGGCGUCAGCCAGACCCCAUUACUGGCUACGUCUGGUCUCAAUCCGCGCCAUCGCAAAGGCGAAAAGAGGUCUCCAUUGACCCGAGUUUCUUCGCCCUGCAGCUAUCGUCAUAUCCGGAUAGCAAACCCUCCACCCUUGGUCGUUUGGUAGUUGACUCUUCCAGACUGCCUAACUUCUUCCGUUCCAUCGAUCGCAUGCCGGUUAUCGAUACCCACAAGGUCGGUAUCAUGUAUGUCGCUCCCGGUCAGAGCAACGAAAAGGAGAUCCUAGAGAAUACUCAUGGUUCACCUGCGUACACUCGGUUCUUGGAGGGGCUGGGCCGUCUGAUUCACCUGCGUGGGCAGGUCGACGUUUACGCUGGAGGGCUGGAUCCUGACGAGGAUGGCGAGUAUGCCUACGCCUGGUGGGACGACAUUGGGCAGGUGCUUUAUCACACCGCGACGCUCAUGCCAAAUAACGAGGAAGGAUGCACGAACAAGAAACGGCACAUCGGCAAUGACUACGUUCGCAUCGUGUGGAACGAUUCGGGGCUACCAUAUAAAUUCGACACGCUCUCGACACAGUUCCAGUUCGUGAACGUUGUCAUCGAGCCACACUCGCGCGGGGCGAUCGCCGCGUUCUCAGACAACCUGCACGAGAACGAGUACUUCAAGGUGUUGCUGCAGCGUGCUCCCGGAAUGCCUGAGUUCACCCCGCUCGGCGAGUUCAAGUUGAUCAGCGCGGAGAAGCUGCCGUUGCUAGUGCGCCAACUGAGCCUCCUCACGGACUGGUUCGUGACUGUGUACCAACAUACACAGAACGAUACGGCGCAAGUUGAAAUGGUCACUAACUGGCGUUCGCGGCUGCAGGCGAUUAAGCGAUUCCGCACGCAGGUCGCUGUGCCAACCGUACCUGAACGCAUUGAGGGCAUCAUGGGCGAGGAAGCCUUCAGGGAUUUCACGGCAUCUUUUUGAGUAUUAUAGUAGUCUUCGGACGUCUGGUGUAUCGAUAGGUUGUGUAUCUAAGUCGUUUGAUAAUACAUGCUCUUGUAUACAUAGUCGUGCUCAAUAUAGGGAUGUGACU